AUGGUUGAGAUAAGUAUCCUCGGCAAGUGCCGCGAAGAUUCCUCUUUCUCCAAGAUCAGCGAGCAAACAGUACACUAUCACUGCACGUUCCUACUUUCUGGAGCGGUUCAGCGCAAUCACUUCCUAGCUGUCAUGGAAACCAUUGCCGCCUAUCCCAAAAGUAACUCCACCCUUACUAUAAUGGAAGUCCCCAGUUUCGACCUGAAUCACUACUCGGUCUCCGUUACCACGGAUAACGCUCACUCCAGCGGUGGACCGUCCGAAGAUGGAGAUGCUGCUGAUGAAACAAGGGAUGCUAGCGCGUCUGCGGCAGAUAAUGUGAAUAGCGACGAUGCAUCCUACAGUGAAGACCUCGUCACAGUGGUCCAUCUGACGAGUACGGUCGCAGCAGAUGCAGAAGACCUCUCUUCAGCAAGCCCAAGCCUUCCGAAUGGCUUUCUAGAGGGGAAAAACGACGAAGACAAACUGACACUCACUGACGUAGAACCUCUCAGGACCGAAGCAAACGAAGAAAUCGAUGAUAUUGGUGCAAAGGAUGCUGACGACCGAGCGAAUUUAUCGGAACAGCAAUCACAUCUACAGGGCGAGUUCGCACAGAUGCAUCAUGGAGCCGCGCAGCAAUCGCCACCCUCACCCAAAAUCACCAAUAUUCCUAUCCUGAGACUGACUAGAGCUAAUCGUGAAGAUUGCAGUUCGUGGAGUCGAUGGUUAUCCAGUGAGAUUACGAAAAUCUAUGAAAGGACCCCUGAUCAUGUCGCUCUGAUCGAUGAGAUUGGCGAAAGGAGAUAUAUCACUUACAAUGAGUUGGUAAAGAAUGUGAACAGGGCUGCUAACUUUCUUCACCAUCAUGGUAUCGAGCAAGGGUCACAUGUAGCCAUGUGCUUGAAUAACAGCAUGGACUUCGUUUACAUGCAAAUCGGUCUGUACCUCAUUGGUGCAGCCCCAGUGUUGCUAAAUCCUGGCCGCGUAGGAUCCGGAAGUUUUCCUCGCUUCAACUGCAAUGCUGUGCUUGUCGACAAGUAUCACUACGCUCACGUUCUGAAACUAUUCGAUCAUUUUGUUGGAGCAAAGCAAAUAUUUGUUUUCACAAACGACCUGGCAAGCUUGUACAUUCCACAUUUUGUCUGGAUUAUCGAUGGAUCCGGUUACGCGGACUUUCCCGCUGAUACUUAUGUCAUCCCUGAAGAAAGCGCCGACCGCGAUGUUGUUGCAUUCUCUACAAGUGGUACCAAUUCGCACAAGAGCAAAAUUGUGGCACAUGGUUCCAUCAGUGCUCAUCGACUAUGCACACAGCACUUGGACGUUCUAAUGGCGCAUCUCUUUGACAUGGUAGCUGAGUCGCGAACACAUCUGCUCAUAACUAGUGGCCUUCACACCAUCGAUGCUUGGUCACUGCUCAUCUACUCGCUCAUAUCAGAUCAGACCGUCAUCAUCACCGAGUCGAAUUCAGAAGUUUGGGCGGUCUCCUUGCUUGAUCGAAUAGCCGAGCUGAUACGCCUAUACGAUGUAGCGUUGAUCACAUGCAACGCUCAAUUCCUGAAAAGCUUCGUCAAGUACGAGACGGAAAAACUGUUUGACAUCAGUUCUUUGAAGGUGGUUUCGUACAGUGGUUCACCACUGCCGGUAUCUGUUGCGAAAAAGUUCCACGAUGCCACUGGCGCUUCUGUCGUCCAAUCUUACUCUAUAACCGAAUAUGGCUUAAUCUCAUGUGGACUGCAAAACUUUGACGAUGCGAAUUCACUGAGUUGCGGGGCUACCUGCGAAGGAAUCAAUGUCAAGAUAACCGACUCUGACGAAGAUGUGGAACUGGAAGCCGGUGAAUGGGGUCGUAUCUUGCUUCAAGCUCCUGUUAGGUGCUCCAGCUAUAUGGGCGGGAACAUCAACGACAUGUUCACCAAAAACAAAUACAUGCGAACAGGUGAUAUCGGCAUGUUAGAUAGUAAAAACCGUCUUUACGUAGCUGGGCCAGCGGAUGGAUUAUUGAAGUUCAACAAUCAGACGAUUGUCUCGCCUUUACUCGAAAAUGUCCUGCUCAGCCACGCCAGUGUUGAAGACGUUGUGAUUUCUCUUAUGGACGAUGAACUGACGGCAGGCGUAGUUUUGGCGGAGGAUGCAUCGCCUCCGACACUGUACGAACUCAACGAACUGAUUAGCGACCUAAAUAUGGGAACGAUCACCAAGCUUGUAUUCGUAGAUUUCAUCCCACGAUCGGAGACAGGAAAACUUCUACGCUCAGAAGUGUUGUUUUUGCUACAGACUGAAGCUGAUGGAAGAGUAGUAGGGAACUGCGUUGUAUAGGAAGAUAGAGACAAAUUUUGCUUUUUUUGUUUUCCAUUUUUAUAUGAUGGCGCACAUCACGCAGUCGUCAAAACUCAUGACAUUUAUAAAUCGUUAAAUCAUUUUUAUUUUUUCGUUGAUUUUGAUUUUAUAGUUACAAGUUCUUCUCAUCACUGCUUCUACUUGAAAAAUAGAAACUAUG